AUGAGAUUCUCAAUCACCCUCCUCCUCGCUGCGGCCGCAGCAGUCAUCGCUCAAGACACCGUCUCUGCUCCUGCCAGUGACUGCGAACCCCACGGCGACCACUGGCACUGCGCCGACGGCGUCCCAGAACCCACUACACCCCCUACUCCCGAGCAGCUCUCCAGUUUCUCUGCUGCAGAAGCCGCCGAGGACUCGACUCCCGCGUCUGCAAUCGCCUCCAGGACUUCUUCUGGAACCUUGCUAGUUACUCCUUCUUCAACUCACUCCCACGACGACGAUGACCACGAUGAUGAUCACGUGGCGACGGCUAGCACAUGCGAACCCCACGGCGACCACUGGCACUGCCCCUCUGGUGUCGCUGAGCCAACUGCUCCCCCUGCUGCGGCCGUCUCCGGCACUACUACCACUUCUGGAGCUACUUCUCGCGCCCCCUCUGCCGCCUCGUCUGCUAGCCAGGCGCCUCAGCAGACUGGUAAUGCUGCUGCGCAAAUUGGUGCUGGACAGGUUGUUGCUCUUAUUGGUGCUGCGGCUUACUUCCUGUAA